GUUAGUUGUGAAUGUGUUGAACAAAUGUGUUGUUUCACGUCUAAUGAUUAUGAUUGAUCAGAGAAUCAGGAUAUUGAAAAAAACCUAAUUUCAUUACAUAUAACAAAAUAUUAAUAAUAUUACAAAGAUUAAAGUUACUAGUUUAAUAAGACUUACAACUUUUUCAAAAGAUAAAAUGUCCAAAAGAGUAGCAUCAGUCGCUUUUGAAGAAAAUGUAAGAAAACCUUCAAAAGAAGGCAAAAAACAUUCAUUAGAUUCCGACGAAGAAGAUAGCGCAGCAGAAGAAGAAAAGCAAAAUAUUCUUAAUGCAAAUGAUAUAGAGGGCGAAGAAGAUGGAGUUGCAGGAAUGGAAGGUGAAGUUACUAUAACACCUUUUAAUAUGAAAGAAGAACUUGAAGAAGGUCAUUUCGACACACAAGGACACUACCACUGGAAAAAAGAAAAGGAGAUUCGAGAUGGUUGGUUGGACAAUAUUGAUUGGGUAAAAAUUAAAGGUAGACCAGAAGAUAAAUAUAAAAUAUUUAAAGAAGAUACAGAAAAAAGUAAUUUAGAAGAUUCUGACUCAGAUGAGGAAGAAACAAAUGAUAACUACAAUAUAAUUGAAAAUUAUAAGGAGAUAUUGCAAUUUAUGAAACCACGAGAAAGUAUUGCAAAAUGCUUACAAAGACUGGGUGCUAAUUCUAAAAUCUCGAGUGCUGAACGUUGGAAAAGGAAGAAAGCAGGAAUAGUAGACGAAAGUAGUAAAACCGUUACCAGAAUUACAGAAUUAGCAAAUCAAAUUCUGACUAAAGAAGGUAACAUGGAUAUUUAUCAAGAAACUUAUGAAAAUAUAAAUGAUAUAAUUGCAAAAGAUAAGGCUAAGAAUAACGAUCCACAGUUAGAUAUGUAUGCAGAUGAUUUUGAUGAAAAAGAAAAACUUAAUAUUGAUUGUAAAACACAAGACACUGGUGAAAGCAGUACAGAGGGAACAACAUCCAAAACAUUACAGUGGGAAUUUAAAUGGACACAAGAAAAUGAUGCUGAAAUUUCUGGACCUCACUCAACUGAACAAAUGAAUAAAUGGUCCUCUGAAGGCUAUUUUAAAAACGGUGUGUGGGUUAGAAAACAAGGAGAAGACUCUCAAUUUUAUAACUCCAAUAGAAUUGAUUUUGAAUUAUACAUGUAGUUAAUUAAAACCUAUAUUUUUUUUAAAUAGUGGUAUAAAUUUUAUUACUUGAAGAACAGGAAAAUUGUUCUGUUGCUUUUUAUUAUCUCAUAAUAAAUGUAAUAAAUAUA